AGGCCGGACUGCACAUCCCAUAAAACUAUGCUUCCUGCAACACUCAAACUGUGCUGUGGCAUCUCCCACCAGCAUCUCCGGAAACUGACGGGUCUACAACGUCCUGCUGUUGAUGCGUUUGGAAAAGAGAUGUCAAACUUUAUUUUAAAAAAGGCUCACAGUUAUUUGCCAAACUUUCCACAUACCCUGCAGAGAAUCAUAUGUAUGAAAUUAGGAAUUAGUACAGUUCCUGACCUUACAGAGACUGCAAUGCUUUCCAGUAGAGAGCUGUUUUAUGUCACUCAAGCUGAGGACACAUUUCAUAUAGCACUGGCAAUGCUCCAACAGGAGGGCUGGCAACCUGAAACACACCAGAAGAAUGGUGACUGGAUUCUUAGCAAAACAUUCCCAAAGAUAGGAAAAGUAUUUCGUGCUGAAGCCAUAAUAGACUCACCACCGGAACACAUCUACACUCAGCUCUUUGAAAAACUGGAACAAAUGGAUCAAUGGAACCCGAGCAUCAGUAAAGUGCAGAUCCUUCAGAGAAUUGGCAGAAAUACUCUACUGACUAGAGAAGUGACUGCACAGAUUCCUGUAAAUAUAGUGAGCCAGAGAGACUUUGUCAGUGUACGACAUUGCUGCAGGAAAGGAUCAUCUCUAUAUCUUAUUGGAACCGCGACCCAUUCUCAGUUAAUGCCCCCACAAAAAGGAGUAAUAAGAGCUGAAUCUGGUCUCACUUGUAUUGUUCUGAGCCCCCUUGAUGGUGAUAAUACAAAAACCAAAUUCACCUGGCUUCUGAGCUUGGAUUUCAAGGGCUGGAUACCCCAGUCUGUAACAGACCAAGCUCUGGCACAGUCACAAGAUGACUUUAUCACACACCUGAGAAGACACCUAUCUUCUGCAGAGAAGAUCUGAUCUACCGAAGCCAGACUCAUUUUCUGCCUGUUUUCAUUACUGAGGGUGUGUGUGUGUGUGUGUGUGUGUGUGUGUGUGUGUGUGUGUGUGUGUGUGUGUGUGUGUGUGUGUAUACACAUAUAUAUGUAUUAUAUAUAUAUUUAUAUGUUUGUAACUGCUUUCAUUACAUGCAAUCUAUCUGUUUGUUGUACAAUACUAUGUAUGAAGUAAGACUAAAAAUGAUGGUGCUAUCAGAAUUAUAACACACACUGGUAGGGUUACCUCCUCAUCCCCUUAAUUCUGGACACAUUAAUUACACAGGUUCUGUGGCUGGCUGACUUCAAGACUCCAUUUCACCUGGUUUUAAUCAGCCACAAAACCUGUGUAAUUAAUAUGUGUCCAGAAUUAAAGGGAUGAGGUGGUAACCCUACACACUGGGCCUGAUUCCGAUGUGGUUGGAGUUGCUAUCACUGCAGCUUACAUAGAAGCAGCAGCGAUAGCUCUAAUAUGGUAAUGCAGUAGGAGGCGUCAAGACUUCUGCUACAUUAUUGAUGCAAACUGCAUCCAAGGAUGCAGUAUCAGAUCUUCCUUGCCACCAUCAGGCAGCUUGUGGGACCUAUGGGGACGUGCAAGCCGACCGGUCGCAGAGGCCAGGAAACGUGCAACAACAGUGCAACAGCCUUCCGCUAAAUGGUGGCGACACGCCUCCAUUUCUACAAAUGGAGCCCUUUGCCGCCCCCUCCCCACUCCCAAACAGCAUCAGAUUGUCAAUCACUAACAGUCUGGUGCCAUUCCUACAUCAUGUGUUUCAGGACUCGUUCACGCACAAACAGAACGUUUCCUGCGCAUGCACAAAGUACCAAACAUCGGUACUUUGUACAUUAGGGCCUACCUCCAACCACAUCUGAAUCAGGAACACUGUGGGGGAUACUUAUCAAGGAAGGAGAGAGAGUAAGUUCCAACCAAUAAGCUCCUAACUGAUAUUUUUUCAAACAAAUCCUGUAACAUGGCAGAAGCUGAUUGGUUAGUACUUUAUCUCUCCCCAGUUUACCUCUCUCAAAGCUGUGAUAAAUACACCCGACUGUUUAUAGCAGACCACAUGGCAAUAUGGUUGUAGACAGGAAAAAAAUCAGGUACUGUAUUUAAAACUAGACACAUGGAACAUACUUUCUGCACAGCGAAAUCACAAUUAGUUUAGCUGCACGCAUGUAACUAUGAAGAUUAUGUUGUAUUACAACUAAAUGAAAUGCAACCAUGUAGUAUGUGUAUUACUAUUUAAUAGGCGUUCGAUAUGACUAAACUACAAUAGCAAUACAUUUGUAGCAAGCACAGCUUUAGCCAAAACAAAAUACAGGUUGGGUCUCCCAUAUCCAAAAUGUUUGGGACCAGAAGUAUGUUUCAGUAUUUUUUAAUAUUUAAAUACCAUAAUGAUGAGUUAUCUUGGGUUUGGGACCUACUGUAAGGUUAAAUAUACACACAGCCUGAAGAUAAUUUUAUACAAUAUUUUAUACAAUGUUUUUACUCAUUUUGUGCAUGAAAUAACGUUUGUGUACAUUGAACCAUCAGUAUGCAAAAGUUUCACUCUCAGCAGUGCUAGAAAAAAAAUCUGUAUUUCCUAAUAUUCCAUAUUUUGUAAUUUUGGAUGUGGGGGACUGAAUCUGUAUACCUUAUUUAUUUUAAAUAAUAUACUGUGCAGUCUGUGGGAACUCUGACAUGUACACUGCAGAAAGGAAUGUAGUGAGGAAAUACAUGAUCUACAUGUUAUCUAGAUUCACCAACAUUGCAAGUUUUCUGUACCUCUUCUAAGGUGCGAUAAUGAAUAUAUCAUAUUGACUAAAGAGGAAGGUGCUAAUUCAAAGCUGGGGCAAAUAAUAAUAAAAAAAUAUGGAGUAACUUGCACCUUGGCAGUACCAUGUUGCAAUAGCUCACUAGCCCUAUUGUCCUGUAUUCAUAAAUAAGCUCAUUUAGACAAGCACUUUAUUAGAAUUACAUCAAGUUUUCCACAUUCAUUGUGGAGCACUGACUUCAGAGAAUCUCUCAGAAGAAACUUUAGGCAUAGCAUGGCAUUUAUCUGUCUCCAUGGUGACAAGUGUGUUCUGCCAACACAACAGAGGUUAGGAACACAACAUGGUCAAACACACAGCAAGAUAUGCUUUUUUUUAAUUUAUUUUUUAUUCUCUAAGAGUUUGCUUGGUGAUAAUGCUCUACUUGAAAUAUAUUCAGCAUUACCUGAACAAUACCUACAGUAUGCAUUGUUUCUCUGCUUCCAAUAGGUUAUAGCUUGCUGAUUUCAUUAAUCAGACACAUGUGAUGUUUCAGGGGGUCAUCAAUCUUCCAACAGAACAAAUCAUGACCAUUCGAAAUAAUGGUGGAAGAGUUAAUAAAUCAAGUUCUGAAGGGUGUCAUUUAGAAAUAAGCAUGAAAAUCUAAUGGUUACACAACUUUGAAGAAUUGCAUUGUUCAUCAAUAGAUUUUACAAGUGAGCUUGAUUUUUAAACCUUAUCAUUUCCAGAUCCCUCAGUUUACAGAGAACAAUUAUGACAAACUCAAUGUCUUUUUUUUUAAGAGGUCUCGUAGUGGAUGGAUUGUCAUAGAAGGAGAUAAUAAUAAUAAUAAUAAUAAUAAUAAUAAAUUGCAAAUAUUCACAGACUUGCACUCUUGACACGCACAAGAGACUGCAGACCCUAACCAUAUAUAGGUUUCUUCCAAGCCAAUCAGCCAAUCACAUACAGGUAAUCAUCUAUACAUUUGUCGAGAGGGAGUACAGCAGGUUAUGGCACAGCUGAUAUUUUCUAACAGAUAAAAUAUAGAUCUUUACUGAAGAGCAAGAUGGUGCAAACAGAAAAAAAUGAUUGUCUAUUGGAAGAGCUGUGAUUUACAGGGUUAGUCAGUGAGAGCUUCAAAGAUUGCUUUUUCACAUUUGUCUGUCUUAAUGUUUUAUCCUUUAAGAUUGCUUAUAACAACAGAGUAAUAUGUAAAUAGGCAAAUAGAUUUAUUAUUGGGUUUAGAAUUUGUGCUGCUCUAAGGAAUGUUAAAAUGAAAUUUUGGGCACACUGCAAGUUUAUAUUACACCGACCAGCAUAAUGGAUUAGCUUUCACAAAUAUGACAGCCUAGAAAUGACUAUCUAUAAAACAAGCACAUCUCUGUACACCCAUUCAAACCCGAACAUAGACAUACUGUAGCUUGUCACAGGAUUGAGGCCUUCAGAAUUCAAUAUAUAAACUUGUGUAUUAUUAGACAUAAAGCACUAACUACUGUAAAUUUUAAUGGAUACUAAAAAGUCACGUUGCAUCUCUGUGGAAUGUAUAAAAGCACUCAGCUUGCACCCUCAAGCCUUUAUAUAAUCACAGGAAACCUGAUUUCUUAUAUCCUUAUAAUUCCCCGUAAGGCAUACAUUAUCCUAUAUUUAGUGUUCGGAUAUUUUAAUAGUCCUGAUUAAUAGAAUUCCUGAAUUAUCAAAGUCUAGGUUAGACAUUCUGAAUUGCACAUCUCUGUAAAGGAUUUUAUUUAUGCAUUUUGUAAACAAAUUAAAUACCUUUGCUUUAAUAAAGAUGCCUUGUAGACUUGUACAGCUUGAUAUAAAUAAAUAUACGUUUCAUAUAUUGAAUGUGUUGGUAGCAUUUUAAAUAUAUUUAGCUUUAUUUGUACAUACUGCUGUGAAUGCUUUAUAAUUAUUUCCAGAAAAUACAUUGUUAGUUUGUUGAAUUUAAGCCUCUAUGAAAGUGCUGAGUUUCUAUAAAUAAUAAUGCCCAUCCAUGCAGCUUUUACACUGAGUUAUAGCUAGAACUAUCUGAAUAGUGCGCUUACAACAAUGCUCUAUUUAAUUGUUCACAUACAGUAACAAGAUAAUACAGACCUCUUACUGUAUGUCUAGUGAUUUAACAAUGCAGACCACAAAAUCUCUGGUGACUUCACAACACAGACCCAUUACCUCUAGGGGCUUAGGAGUCGAUUUAUCACCAUGCGUAUCUAGGGAUGCGGAUUUGCUGUGAUAGUAUCAGCUGAAUCCGCAAUGGGAUAAUUAAAUACACUGCACAUCAUUGGGAUAAUUAAAUACACUUCACAUCUGUAUCAAUUAUAGCAUGUAGGAGCUUGUGAGAAAGCCAGGCAUCUCACCAGCCCAUUCUACUACUACCUAAGGAGUCCAGUGCCAAAACUAUAAUUUUCAUCACUUGGAUGCUUGUGUUGGUACUGUCAGCCCAAAAAGUACCAGUAACUGCAAAAUAUAUCCACUAUACUGUACCAUAUGCCAUCUUGAAUGGAGUGUAAGUGGGUAGGACAUGCACAUAAUACCUUUGUAAGAUGUCCUACUUAGUAAAUAUGUAUACAUAAUAAAAAAUAAUAAAAUGU